UGUCCUCCUUCUUUCGAUGCCACCAGCUGCGAGUGCCGACUUCUACUGGCAGCGAUAUGCUGGCAAAGUCUAAUGGACCGGGCAAAUUUUACCUGGAAAUAGACCGGUCACUUGUCCGCCCUCCACAUGUAAUGCCUGUGCCUGCUAUGAUGCCAUCUUCAGCGCUUAGAGGACCAUAAGCUUUCCUCGUUCACCUGAUCUUGUUUUUUUUCUUGCCCAUCGAUUUGUCGUAUUAUUCUGAGAUUUAUUUGAUCGAUAAGUCGUCUAGGUGUGGUUAUAAAGACCACCUUAGUACGUUUGCUACAACAACCGACAUGCGUGCCCUCUUCGUUUACUGUCUUGGUCUCUCUGCUUCAGUGUGGGCUCAGUCGAGCACCGUCGAUGCAUAUGUUGCCUCAGAGUCGCCUAUUGCCAAGGCGGGAGUGUUGGCCAAUAUUGGUCCCAGCGGUUCCAAAUCUUCGGGAGCUAAAGCAGGUGUUGUGAUUGCGAGUCCAAGCAGUACCAACCCGGACUACUUGUAUACCUGGACUAGAGAUUCGUCAUUGGUUUUCAAAGCCCUGAUUGAUCAAUACACACAGGGACUCGACACCACUUUGCGUACCGAAAUUGAUAAUUUUCUCUCUGCCGAGGCGACUGUUCAGCAAGUGUCCAAUCCAAGUGGGACUGUCUCGACUGGCGGCCUUGGUGAACCCAAGUUCAACAUCGAUCUGAGCGCAUUCACGGGUGCCUGGGGAAGACCACAGCGGGACGGACCUGCCCUUCGCGCCACUGCCUUGAUCACAUACGCUAAUUGGCUCAUUGCUGACGGCAAUACUUCCUAUGUGUCCAGUACUGUCUGGCCCGUCAUCGAGCUUGACUUGGGAUACAUCGUCACCUAUUGGAACCAAACGGGGUUUGACUUAUGGGAGGAAGUCGAUUCUUCAUCAUUCUUCACCACUGCUGUCCAACAUCGCUCGCUACGUGAAGGCGCCACACUUGCUACUGCUUUAGGAGAUACUACUCUUGCCACUCAAUAUACCACACAGGCAGACAAUAUUCUGUGUUUCUUACAGUCGUAUUGGAACCCCACGAGCCUUUUUAUGACAGCCAACACCGGCGGAGGUCGAUCUGGAAAAGAUGCUAACACUGCUUUGGCCUCCAUUCACACGUUUGAUGCCGCCGCUGGAUGUGAUGCAGUGACAUUCCAACCGUGCUCUGAUAAGGCAUUGUCGAGUUUAAAAGUGUAUGUCGACGCUUUCCGGACGAUCUACACCAUCAAUAGUGGUAUUGCUUCGAACGCGGCAGUCGCUACUGGCAGAUAUCCGGAAGAUUCGUACAUGGGAGGAAACCCUUGGUAUCUGACAACCGCAGCGGUAGCUGAGCAACUCUAUGAUGCUAUCAUCGUUUGGAACCAGACAGGGUCCAUCGAAGUGACCUCCACAUCCCUGGCUUUCUUCACUCAAUUCUCCUCUUCGGUCGCAAUAGGCGUGUACGAUUCUUCUACUACGACGUACAGCGACUUGCUGAGCGCCGUGAAAACCUUUGCUGAUGGUUUCUUGGCUAUCAUUGCCGAAUAUACACCUUCGGAUGGUGGGCUGUCCGAGCAAUACAGCAAAAGCGAUGGGUCGCCUUUGAGUGCCGCUGACUUGACGUGGAGCUACGCGGCAACACUAACAGCAUUUGGAGCGAGGGCAGGUGUGAAUCCUGCCUCAUGGGGCGCGAGUGGGCUAACGGUGCCUUCGUCUUGUUCAACCAGCGGUAGCACGGUGAGCAUUACAUUCAACGAGUAUGCUAUUACGGUAUGGGGAGAAAAUAUCUACUUGACGGGCUCCAUCGAUGCUCUGCAGGACUGGUCUACCAGUACCGCACUUUUGUUGAACACUGAUAAUUACCCUACUUGGAGUAUCACACUGAAUCUUCCGGCUUCGACUACCUUCCAGUACAAGUUCAUUCGCAUCUAUAACGGUGUGGUAACUUGGGAAUCUGACCCAAACAGAGAAUACACCACUCCGGCUUCGGGAUCUGAUACCAUUAAUGACUCAUGGCGUUGA